AACAAUGCAUACACGACUAUAACAACACGCCGUGUUUCGAAACAGAUCUGUGUCCAGACUACACUACUGACUAGAUCUAGAAUCUAUAGUCUUCUUUUGAUUUCUAGGUCCCAAUUUAAAGAUCUAGAUUUCUAGAUCUAUAUCAAACUAUCACAAUGUCAGAACCUCCACCCUUUACCACUGAUCUACAGUUUUGUCCUUUCUGUGGCUCUGUGCUACCUCUGCCUAGUAUUGGACAAAGUAUUAUUUCAUGUGCACGGUGUCCAGCUACAAGGAACUUAAAAGAAUACCAAGAUGUCACAGAAACUUUUAUCAUUCAUUUCAACGCCCCCAAAAGAAAACAAAAGAAAAAUAAAGAAGCAGAAGAUCUCAUAAAAGAAGAGUUGAUACCUGAAUUCCAGGGCCCAACUGUGGAGCGCCAGUGUUCCAGGUGCAACCACGACAUCAUGAUCUACACAACCAGGCAGACACGAUCGGCAGACGAGGGUCAGACAGUUUUUUACACAUGUGUCAAGUGCAAAUUUCAAGACAUUGAGUAUUCCUAGUUUUUAUCCCAUGCCAGAGUGAAUACAGUCCAAUGAAUAUUUUGCUGCUCUAACUUGUUUAUACAUGUCAAUAAAAUAAAAUAAAAUUACUAGUGCUGUUUAUGUGUGAAUUUAUAAUAUGGUGCAUAUAUAAUAUGGUACAAGUUAUUUGUAGAAACUUCAGUGCAGCUUUACAAAUGUUUAUAUGUUUUUAUGUAAGUGUUGUUACGGUCUGGGCUUUUGAUAGUGUUAAGGCUGAAGUAUCCAUAU